AAUUAAAAACGAAAGAAGGAGGUGGGUUCCUUACUCCGAACGCAAUUUCUUAGUUUGGUUUUAGGUUUGGAGCUAGGUUUGGUUGAAGACUUUGUGAGGAUAAGAACGACCCUUACCUCUUUCUUUCUCUCUCUAACAAAAAACGCUAUCUACCGCUUCCCAGUCCCUACAAGAACCCAUUCCCUUCUCCCCCCUUCAACUCUUAUUUACUUCAAACCUCUUCCUUCCCCUCUUUCUCUUCAACUACAAACCUUUCACCUUCUUUCUUACAACAUUCAUUCAUUCAUUCAAACCAAACAAACAAACACACUCACAAAUGGCAAUUGAAAACCAAGACAACACUACCACUGUCAGAGAAAUCAAGCCUAAAAACAGAAGAAUCAUGGGUGCUGGAGGUCCUGAUGAUGAUGGUGAUAACAGAUGGCCACCAUGGUUGAAACCUUUGUUGAAAGAGAAUUUCUUUGUUCAAUGCAAAUUACAUGCUGAUUCUCAUAAGAGUGAAUGUAAUAUGUAUUGUUUGGAUUGUAUGAAUGGUCCUCUUUGUUCUCUCUGUCUUGCUUAUCAUAAAGAUCACCGUUUUAUUCAGAUUAGGAGGUCUUCAUACCAUGAUGUGAUUAGGGUGAAUGAGAUUCAGAAAGUGUUGGACAUAACUGGUGUUCAAACAUACAUUAUCAAUAGUGCAAGAGUUGUGUUCUUGAAUGAAAGGCCUCAACCUAGGCCAGGAAAAGGUGUUACAAACACUUGUGAAGUUUGUGAAAGGAGCCUUCUUGAUUCUUUCCGGUUCUGUUCUCUUGGUUGCAAGAUUGUAGGAACAUCUAAGAAUUUCCAGAAAACAAAGAAACAAUUAGCAGUAAUGGGAUCAGAUUCUGAGGAAUCAUACACCAGCAACAACAUUCAUAGCCGUCAGAAGAAAAUCAAACUUCAAAGCUUCACACCAUCAACACCACCUCCAACUUCAGUUAAUUACAAAACAGCCAAGAGAAGAAAGGGAAUUCCACAUAGAGCCCCAUUGGGGGUAUUUUUAGAUAAUUGGUAUUUUUAAGUUAUUUGCUAUAAUGCCCCUGAUAUAUAUAUAAAUACUAAUGCAAGUAUUGUCUCUUUUUUUUUUUGUGUAAUUUUUAAUAUUUUCUAUAGUGUUGGUUUCUAGUGUUUUGUGAAUAUAGCAAAAAUCCAAAUAGAAGUGGAAAAAAGUUUGGUAGUAGAAAAUAAAAGACACCUGUGAAAUAGUUGGUGGUGCAUUUAGCAUAAAGAACGGGUGUACGUACCCGUGCGUGUAGCAAAAGAAGUAAGUUUCUUUUUAUUUAGGUUUGGUUUACUAAAGUAAUAAUUAUACCUAAGUUUUGUGGUUGAGGAUGUAAAUAUUGGGUUAGUAUAAGUUGGGGAAGAAAGGGAAUGAUAAUGUACUACUUGAAAAAAAGGUGGUAUGUCUAUAUAUAUGGAAAUAGAAAAAUAAAAGAGAUCUUAUUAUAUA